UCUGAAAUCAAUAAAGAUAUUUUUUAAAAAAGAAGAGAUGGUAAGAGGAAGAAUUCUUAGAAUCUGACAAUGAAAGAAAAGACAUGAAAAUGAAAAAUACAUGUAUAGAGAAAAAAGGGGGGGGAGAGUGGUGUUAUCUGCAGUAAAGGAACAAGGCAGCUUUCAUUUACUUAAUGGUGAUGUAAUACCUUACAAAAACUUAUGUUCUGGGAAAGAUCGUCCAUACCAAAUUUCUUUAGAAUAUUUCUAAAAGUAUCUACUUUAUCCUGAAUUCACAAAGUAGUUCUUUGUGGAAAGAAAACUGGGCCAACAUUCAGAAGAACUGGGUUCUAGCCUUGGGUUGCUUGUUACUUAAAUUCUGUGAACUUGGGCAGUUCACUUAACUCUCUCUGGGUCUCUGCUUCCUCACUUGUGUAUUGAAAGUAUUGAACAUGAUCUCUCAGAUUCCUUCUAGCUCACUCUUUGAUUAUACUUAGUACUUCAUUCACCGGCUUACUAAUUUUUCAUGGCUUUGUUUAUACCACAAUAUAGGACUGGUUUCAGAAAUACCUUAUAAUAGCAUUUCAUAAUAUCCAGUGCUUUAUAAUUGAGAAGCCAUUUUAAGUUCUACUUUAAACAGUAGGAAGAGACUUAUAGGAAACCUAAGUAUAGAAAUAUUAAGUUUGUAGUAUUCAGCAAGCAUUUAUUGAGCUCCUGUUGUGUUAGGUCCUAAGGGGUACUUAAUUUAAAACCCUUGCCUCAAGGAUUUUGUGUUCUUGUCAGGGAAACAAACUUGGCCACAAGUAAUCAUUGUAAAAAGCAAGGUGAUAUAAUAAGGAAUGCAUUGGAUUGCAACUUAAGAUACUAACUUUGGAUUUCUUGGUUCAAACAUAAUUAAAUAUAUGUUAAAUGCUGUUCUGUGCUAGGCAUUACAGGGAAUCAUGAUGAAAAAGGAGACCCUGCCCUCAAGAAACUUGCAAUUUUUUUUCAUGUCUGCAAACUGAUUACCCCGAUAGACUCCCUACCCCACAAAAGCGAAGUUUUGUAUUGUUUAAAGUUUGAAGCUAAGAAUUCAUCUGCAUGGAGCUUACCUCAUUCCAGAAAUGUCUAAUAACGUACUUGCUUUCUGAGAAGAUACAUUUUAUUGGGUUCUGCAGCUUUUUCUCUGUCAAUUACAGGACAUUUUUUUCUUUUGAGAUAAGGAAAAAGAUCCAGAAAUUUAGGUGAACUUUGGUUUGCUUCUUAGUUAUUUUUGCAAAGAAAGAGUAGACUCUAAAAUUUAGUCCUUUGAUCCUUUGUUUCAGAGAAUCAGUUUACUUGGUCACAGAAGAAAGGAUGCUGGUGUGAAGGAAUCAUAUUGUAGGGGUGAACCGUGUACUGGAGUUAGAUUGUCUGGUUUUGAAUUUUGGCUCUACCAUGUAUUAGCAGUAUGACUUUGACCACGUUGCUUCAGUUCUUUGUUUUUAAAUUGAGGUUUGCCGUCCUAUUGGUGGUAUGUCUGACAGUGGAUCACAGCUUCGUUCAAUGGGUAGCCUGACCAUGAAAUCACAACUUCAGAUCACUGUCAUUUCAGCAAAACUUAAAGAAAAUAAAAAGAAUUGGUUUGGACCAAGUCCUUAUGUGGAAGUCACAGUAGAUGGACAGUCAAAGAAGACAGAAAAAUGUAACAAUACAAACAGUCCUAAAUGGAAGCAACCCCUUACAGUUAUCGUCACCCCUAUGAGUAAAUUACAUUUUCGUGUGUGGAGUCACCAGACACUGAAAUCUGAUGUUUUGUUGGGAACUGCUGCAUUAGAUAUCUAUGAAACAUUAAAGUCAAACAAUAUGAAACUUGAGAAAGUAGUUGUGACUUUACAGCUUGUAGGUGACAAAGAGCCAACAGAGACUAUAGGAGACUUGUCAGUUUGUCUUGAUGGGCUGCAAUUAGAAUCUGAAGUUGUUACCAAUGGUGAAGCUACAUGUUCAGAAAGUGCUUCACAGAAUGAUGAUGGCUCCAGACCGAAGGAGGAAACAAGAGUGAACACAAAUGGAUCAGAAGACCCAGAGGAUGCAGGGUCUGGUGAAAAUAGGAAGGUCAAUGGGAAUAAUUCUCCAUCACUCUCAAAUGGUGGUUUUAAACCUUCUAGGCCUCCAAGACCUUCACGGCCACCUCCACCUACCCCACGUAGACCAGCAUCUGUCAAUGGGUCACCUUCUGCCACUUCUGAAAGUGAUGGAUCUAGUACAGGCUCUCUGCCACCAACAAAUACAAAUUCAAAUACAUCUGAGGGAGCAACGUCUGGAUUAAUAAUUCCUCUUACUAUAUCUGGAGGCUCUGGCCCUAGGCCAUUAAAUCCUGUACCCCAAGCUCCUCUACCACCUGGUUGGGAGCAGAGAGUGGACCAGCAUGGGCGAGUUUACUACGUAGAUCAUAUUGAAAAAAGAACAACGUGGGAUAGGCCAGAACCUCUACCUCCUGGCUGGGAACGCAGAGUUGACAACAUGGGACGUAUUUAUUACGUUGACCAUUUCACAAGAACAACAACAUGGCAGAGGCCAACAUUGGAAUCGGUCCGGAACUAUGAGCAGUGGCAGCUCCAACGUAGUCAGCUUCAAGGAGCAAUGCAGCAGUUUAAUCAGAGGUUCAUUUAUGGGAAUCAAGAUUUGUUUGCUACAUCACAAAACAAGGAAUUUGACCCCCUUGGUCCCCUGCCACCUGGAUGGGAGAAGAGAACGGACGGCAAUGGUAGAGUAUAUUUUGUCAACCACAACACUCGUAUUACACAGUGGGAAGACCCCAGAAGUCAAGGUCAGUUAAAUGAAAAGCCCUUACCUGAAGGCUGGGAAAUGAGAUUCACAGUUGAUGGAAUUCCAUAUUUUGUGGACCACAAUAGAAGAACCACCACCUAUAUAGAUCCCCGCACUGGAAAAUCUGCCCUAGACAAUGGACCCCAGAUAGCCUAUGUACGGGACUUUAAGGCAAAGUUUCAGUAUUUCCGGUUCUGGUGUCAGCAACUGGCCAUGCCACAGCACAUAAAGAUUACAGUGACAAGAAAAACAUUGUUUGAAGAUUCCUUUCAGCAGAUAAUGAGCUUCAGUCCCCAAGAUCUGCGAAGACGCUUGUGGGUGAUUUUUCCAGGAGAAGAAGGUUUAGAUUAUGGAGGUGUAGCAAGGGAAUGGUUCUUUCUUUUGUCACAUGAGGUGCUGAACCCAAUGUAUUGCCUGUUUGAAUACGCAGGGAAGGAUAACUACUGCUUACAGAUAAACCCCGCCUCUUACAUCAAUCCAGAUCACCUGAAAUAUUUCCGAUUUAUUGGCAGGUUUAUUGCCAUGGCUCUGUUCCAUGGGAAAUUCAUAGACACAGGCUUUUCUUUGCCAUUCUACAAGCGUAUCUUGAACAAACCAGUUGGACUCAAGGAUUUAGAAUCUAUUGAUCCAGAAUUUUACAAUUCUCUCAUCUGGGUUAAAGAAAACAAUAUUGAGGAAUGCGGUUUGGAAAUGUACUUCUCCGUCGAUAAAGAAAUUUUGGGUGAAAUCAAGAGUCAUGAUUUGAAACCCAAUGGUGGCAAUAUUCUUGUAACAGAAGAAAAUAAAGAGGAGUAUAUCAGAAUGGUAGCUGAAUGGAGGUUGUCUCGAGGUGUUGAAGAACAGACACAAGCUUUCUUUGAGGGUUUUAAUGAAAUUCUUCCCCAGCAGUAUUUGCAAUACUUUGAUGCAAAGGAGUUAGAGGUCCUUUUAUGUGGAAUGCAAGAGAUUGAUUUGAAUGACUGGCAAAGACACACCAUCUACCGUCAUUAUACUAGGACAAGCAAACAAAUCAUGUGGUUUUGGCAGUUUGUUAAAGAAAUUGAUAAUGAGAAGAGAAUGAGACUUCUACAGUUUGUUACUGGAACCUGCCGAUUACCAGUUGGAGGCUUUGCUGACCUCAUGGGGAGCAAUGGGCCUCAAAAAUUCUGCAUUGAAAAAGUUGGAAAAGAAAAUUGGUUACCCAGAAGUCAUACUUGUUUUAACCGCCUGGACCUGCCACCCUAUAAGAGCUAUGAGCAACUAAAGGAAAAGCUGCUGUUUGCGAUUGAAGAAACAGAAGGAUUUGGACAAGAGUAACUCCUGGGAGCUCGCACCACCGAAGGACGAGAACUUACGUGCAGUGCUUGUCCUUUUCCCUCCUCUGCCUGUUGCACAUCUUGUUGUAAAAUGGGACUGGGACUGUUUAGGGAGUUCUCUGAGUGUAAGUAAAUUAAUGUUAUCAUUGAGAUUUAUAUACCAGUGAUUCUGGAUUUUACUCGUUUCCAGAAAUCAGAUCUGCAAGUGACUAGUCAAAACCUUACUUAACAUGAGAUUUAACACAGCAAUGAGAUCUGACUUGUCUUAUUCCACUAGGUUGUUUCCUUAAUUAUGUGUAUGUGUAUCAGAAGUCUCAGUCUUCCUUCUACAUCCUAGAACAGUAACAAAAACAUUUUAAACUCAUGUACUCUAAAACACUGCCAUCCUAAAGCAGACUUUAUGUGAGUGAAAGGAUUGCCUCAUCCAGAAAUUGUCAUUAUGAAGAGGGAGAUUAGGCUCUCCCCAACCCUACAUUUAUUUUGUUUUUAAUUCCACAUGCUCCAGGAAAUAUAUGUAGUAUGAUCUCUAAAAGCCCUAGUUUUUUCCCCCAAAGCCGAGACACUCUGCCUUUUUGUUGGUAGGGGGAAAAAAUGCUAUUGCUUUGUCUUACAGAGCGAAUGUCUGCCAACUACCCAUUCAUUAUAUAAGUCUGAACUUUGGUAAUAUAUGGCUAUGGAAAUUAAGCCUUCUAUAAAGCUUUCCUAUAGAGGUGAAUUCUCAUAUUGAAAUGUAGUUACCUGCAAUAUUUACUAGAGAUUUAUGAAAUUAAAUUAAGAGAUAAUGUAAGAAAGUAGACUUUUCUGAUUCUACAUAAUGCUUGAUGAUUCAUUUAGGGACCUAGAAAUAUUGUGUGAAAAUGUAUAAAUAUCACCCAAAAGGCUUUCUGCCCUAUAUUUUUAAAAUACAGAAUAGUUAUAUUUUAAGUAGCCCCGGCCCUAGUUCUAUAGGGCUUGGCUAUUUAAUAUUUUUAUGGAAAAAACAUUUAGUUCUGGAAAAGGUAAAUGCUUGUAUAUAUUUUUGCAGCCUGGGAUCUCCCUUACUCCAUUUCUUCCUUUAAUUUAAGUGGCCACAUAUAUAUGUCUUCCCUGCUGUGUUAGGAAAAUGGGGGCUGGAUAUCCCAAGAAUCAGAGGUUUUAUAAAAAAUACUGCAAAUAGACAGCAGACAUAAAUAUCUACCAAAUGCUAUCUUAAAUUUUGAUCCAAACUGAACAUUUGGAAAUAGAUUUAUUGUAAGUGUUUAAUUAGAGCAAUUUCUUAAAUCUGAACUAAAUUGCUUUUGGAGUCCUUUUUCUUUGUAAGCAUUGUAAAUGCUAAUAAAUUCUGUUAAUUUUUUUUUUUUUUACUGCAUGUUAUGUUGAAAUAAAAACAAAGUAAAAUGAGCAAUUGCCUUAUUCUUCUGCUCUUUUGGGAGGUUGGGGAAAGCAGCAUUUCACAGCCUGGGUCAGUAGGAAAGGACCUCACUUGUUUCGUCAGAUAAGAGUGCUUUAAAACUGAUCCAGCCACUCAUAAUAAUGAAUUCCUACUCUGUCUUUUACGGUCUUAUAUUGUGCAGAAGAAUCUAAUUUUAUAAGACUUACAAUAACUCUAUUUAAGAUUAAGGUACUAAUUCUUCACCAGGAGACUGACAUACUAAUGUCAGUUCACCAGAAAUUUAAGUGAAAUGACUCACCUGCCCACAAAGGUCUCUCAUUGCUAAGUGAGCUAUUUCAGUCAGCCCACUCUGCCACUUUUUGUUUAUCCUGUUAAUAAUCUGAAAUGCUAUCAGGGAUGACUCAUGGAAUAGACUUCUCUAUAUUUAUGUCCCUCCUUGGUUUGGAUGUAACUCCAUCCUUGUAUACUCCUUAAGGUUAACUACUUCUAUUUAAUAUUGUUGGUAUCUCCAGCCCCCUCACUUUUUUGUUUUCCUUUUAGGGCUAUUUACAAAAUUAUUUGUAUAGAUGCUAUGCUUUCAUUAACUAAAAAUGGAAUAGCAGCACUGGAUUAUAUAUUACUGUAUUGGCAUUCCUUCUUUUUCCCUUGAACUGUAAUUUCAAAUACUCAGGUAACUCUACAAAUAUCACGAGGAGUCAAGUGCUCUUAUAAAGGCCCUUCAAGGGGCUGCUUCACUUGCAUUUCCUUAAAACAUGUAAGACUGUUCAUAAUUAAAAUUUUUUGGUCUUUCAUUUGCA